GGGGUGGGGAAUUGAAGAGCUCGCGGAGAGGGGCGGCAUCUGAGGACCAGGGUCAGAGGUUGCGGCUAGGACUGGGGUCGGGGGAGGGGCCUGGACUGGAGUGAUUUUGCUGCUGCUGCUGCUGCCGCCGCCGCCGCCGCCGCCACCACCUCGGGCGGGAGUGGCUAGCAUGUCGGCCGAGGCCACGGGCGCGGGAUCCCCGGCCGCCCCCUCCCCUGGGGGUCCCGAGCCCCCGGGCCCGUCACUGCCGCCCACACCUCCCACCCCCGGGGCCGCAGGCGUGGGCGCCGCCUACGACCUCAAGCCGCUGAGUCCGAGUAGCAAGUACGUGAAGCUGAACGUGGGGGGCUCGCUCCAUUACACCACGCUGCAGACCCUGACCAAGCAGGACACCAUGCUCAAAGCUAUGUUCAGUGGCCGCAUGGAGGUGCUCACAGACUCCGAAGGUUGGGUGCUGAUUGACAGGAGUGGACGUCAUUUUGGGACAAUCCUGAACUACCUUCGGGAUGGGUCAGUGCCUCUUCCAGAGGGCCCUCGGGAGCUGGGUGAGCUGUUGGGUGAGGCACGAUACUACUUGGUGCAGGGGCUAGCUGAGGAUUGCCAGUUGGCUCUGCAGCAAAAGAGUGAGAGCCUUUCCCCACUCUGCCUUAUUCCCAUGGUGACAUCUCCACGGGAAGAGCAGCAGCUUCUGGCUAGCACCUCCAAGCCAGUGGUGAAGCUGCUGCACAAUCGAAGUAACAACAAAUAUUCCUACACCAGCACGUCGGACGACAACCUACUAAAGAACAUUGAGCUGUUCGACAAGCUGGCGUUGCGCUUCCAUGGGCGUCUGCUCUUUCUCAAAGAUGUACUGGGUGAUGAGAUCUGCUGCUGGUCUUUUUAUGGACAGGGCCGAAAGAUUGCCGAAGUCUGCUGUACUUCCAUUGUCUAUGCCACUGAGAAGAAGCAAACCAAGGUAGAAUUCCCAGAGGCAAGGAUCUUUGAAGAAACAUUGAACAUUCUUAUCUAUGAGACACCCCGGGGGCCUGACCCUGCUCUCUUAGAGGCCACUGGGGGUGCUGCUGGAGGAGGUGGGGCUGGGCGGGGAGAAGAUGAAGACGGACGAGAGCAUCGAGUCCGAAGGAUCCACGUCAGACGACACAUUACUCAUGAUGAGAGACCCCAUGGCCAGCAGGCUGUCUUCAAGGACUGACCUUUCACCACCCUCCCCUUGAACUUGUUCUCCCCUCUUAUUGUUACCGCUGCCAUAAUGCUUCCAUUCUCACCUUUCCCAUGACUUCUGCCCCGGCUUUGCUGGUCAAGUCGUGGGUUUUCUCUCUCCACUCAGUAUUUCAGAUUUAUGGUACAGUACAUUUAGCCCCUUUUAUCCUCCUUAUUCCUCCAAGCCCAUCAACAACAUGGUACAUUCCAAGGCACAUACUACAAUUCUUCCCAGAAUGUUGUGUUUGUUAUCUUCACCCCCUCCAAACUGCUUGGAUAUGAUGUUCUCUCACUCUCUCUACCUUCUCCCUACCUCCAGUUCUUACAUUCCCCUAUCUUUGCAUCCAUCAUAGGUGCAUGUUUCAAAUUUUUUGUUCUGCCUAUGUUUUCACUUCCUUUUAAUAUGUAUGAUGUGCCAAAGUUUUUCUCAUGACCUUAACCAUCUGCUACAUUCCAAGCCUAUUCCUUUGCCCCUGUACAUUUUAUAGCCGUUUCACCUACAAUCCUGUCCUUGGCCCUUGGCCCUUCUUAAAUUGGUACUGAAGUGGCCUGUGGCCUUCCCAGCCUGGCCUCCCCACCUACUUGUUUCUUAUUAUUUAUUUUAAUUUUCUAUUAAAUUAUUGAAAUAAAGUUGAAUUGCAAGGA